GACGGCGCGGCGCGGUGCGGUGCGGUGCGAUGGAGUCGCGGGCCCUCUCCGCCCGCGCCCUGGUUCGCAGGGCCCGCUGAGGCCCGGCCGCAGCCGCCGCCGGCAGAGCGCGGCCAUCCCCCGCCCGCCGCCGGCAGCCCCCCCUCCGCCGGGACAUGGCCACGGAGCCCCCGCGGCCGGCGGGGCGCCCCGAGGGCGGGCGCGGGUGCUGCGCGGGCGGCGGGCGCGGCGAGACGGAGGAGGCCGAGGCCGCGGCCCAGCCGGUGCUCGGCGCCUCCCCGGGCCCCGCGGCGGCGGGGGGCGGCCGGCGGCGGGCGCUGAACGGAUGCGUGCCGCUGUCGCACCAAGUGGCCGGGCACAUGUACGGCAAGGAUAAAGGCGGCAUACUGCAGCAUCCAGAUGGAACUGUCUUGAAGCAGUUGCAGCCACCACCUCGUGGUCCCAGGGAGCAAGAGUUCUACAACAAGGUUUAUGACUCCGACUGUUGCGACAGCAUUCUUCUGGAGCUGCGGGAAUAUCUGCCAAAAUACUUCGGUGUCUGGUCACCACCUACUGCACCAAAUGAUACGUAUCUAAAACUGGAAGAUGUGACCCGUAAGUUUAAUAAGCCCUGCAUAAUGGAUGUAAAAAUAGGUCAGAAAAGUUAUGAUCCCUAUGCUUCAGCAGAGAAGAUACAGCAGCAGGUCAGCAAGUACCCACUCAUGGAAGAGAUUGGCUUUUUGGUUCUUGGAAUGAGGGUGUACCACGUGUCUUCAGACAGCUAUGAGACUCAAAACCAGCACUAUGGAAGGAGCUUGACCAAGGAAACAGUAAAGGAUGGCAUCUCAAAGUUUUUCCACAGUGGGUACUGCUUGAGAAAAGAUGUGGUAGCUGCCAGCAUUCAGAAGGUUGAGAAGAUUUUGGAGUGGUUUGAGGGCCAGACACAACUCAACUUCUACGCAAGCUCACUGCUGUUUGUCUAUGAAGGUUCAUGCCAAGCAGCAACCAUGAGGCUGAGUGAUGUCACCUUGGCAGAGAAGAGAAGAGUACCCAAAGGCCUGUUGUCAGGUGGAGACGUAUUGGAGUAUAAUAAUAAUAUUCAUGUAAUAAAUUCUACAGAGAAUGGAAAAAUUGAAGCCUCUGUAGGUAAAGGCUUGUCUAAAUUUUAUGCACUUCACAAAAAGGCAUGCUCGAAGAGGCACCACAGUCAGCUCUCCCUAAAAGUUGAGAACUCAGAGCAAGACAAUGUGUGGAAAACCAGCACAUGCAUUACGCAGGAGCACCUGAAUGGAAAUGUUCUACCCCAACUGGAAAAAGUUUUCUAUCACAUGCCAGCAGAGCCCAAGGAAAGUGCAAAGGUCGAGGUUCGAAUGAUCGAUUUUGCUCAUGUGUUUCCCAGCAACACAAAGGAUGAGGGCUAUAUUUAUGGUCUGAAGAAUCUCAUCACAGUACUGCAAAAUAUUUUGGAUAACUAAAUUCUUUGCUAUGUUUUUUAUUGGGGGCCAAUGAUAAAGAGCAACAACAUGAAGAAUUUCUGCACUUGUAAUGCUGUAUAACUGGGUUUGUAUUGUUCUAUAUUUUAUUUGUCUUUGUACUUUUGGUAGAAGGGUUUAACUUUUUAUAAUUUCACUCAGGAAAAAUAUUGAUAGUUAAUUAGGAAGUGUGAAAGGAUGAAGAUACUUGAGAUAAAGCGGGAUAGGUAAAUUAAUAGAAUGAAAUGUAUGUGGUGGGCUUAAGUCCAAGGACUACCAGAAGCAAGGGUUAUGUUAAUUCCUCUAAUGACUUUAGCAUAGAUGACAUUUUUGCCCAUUUAGCCUUGACACUGAGCCACAUCUCCAAUAAGAGGUGUUUAGAAAAUAGACUGAAAGUUGUAAGGUGCAGGAUUGAUGUCCUCAGUACUGCCCUUGUGUUUACUGUAUUUGAAUAACUGGAGUAACUCUGCUUGGAGAGAAAUCCCAUUCUGAGUCAGCAGUCUCACCUGAAGCCAGUGCAUCCCAAAGUGCUUUUCCAUGUCAUGGGACAAUAUUGUUGUUCUUUCAGCCCUUCCCCCUUCGUGGUUGUGUGUAGCUGAUGUUCACCACAGAUGAGCUGCCAUGUAAUUUGUCUUGAGGUGCUAAGGAAAUGCUGGAGUACAAUACCAUAACAGGCUUAAACUGCACACCUUCUAGAGAAACUGUUUGUUCCUAAGAACGAGCAAAAGAAGGCAAAUGCAAGAUGUUCCAGGAGCUAAUUUGGUUUAGGAGAUUAUGUCAGUCUGUUAAUGGAGUGUCUGAUGCUGUGAUUAAGGAAAAUGUCUCGCUCUGUUGUUCUCAUGGCCCUUCUCCAACAACAUUGCUUUAACAAGCAAACCAGUGGAAUGGAGAAACAAGUAUUUGGGGUGAGUGUGCAGAGCUCUGCUGGCUGUUAGCCACCUGCAUUUUUGCAGUGAGUGUUUGAUGCUUCUGCUGCUGGGGAGCACUGACUGGAACCUCAAGCAAUAGAGGCAGAGGAGCCUCCUGUGAGAUCGUUCAGCCUUGGAGCUACCAGCUGUGCCACCGCUCGUGCCAGAGGAGCUGUGGCUCUCCGUCCUGGGCUCCAGACACUGCAGGUUUCUUUAAUGACACACAGGCAAGCUGUGUCAUUUGAAAGCUGUCCCAUUUCCUUCCUUUUUACAAGAAAAAGUCAACGUUUGUAUGGAAUACUUGAGAUCAGGAUGAUGUAUCCAAAGCAGUUUUGGUGUGUCUCUUCUGUAUGCUGUGUAGGUGGCUGUGCUGCCAUGCUUGUUACAGUGAGCUGUGUGAAAAGUGGGAAUGGAGGAGUCCUGCCAUCCCUAGAGCAAGAUUUUAAUGCUUAAAGCAUUUCCAGGACGAAAAUGUUUUAGAAUGGUUUUGGUGAUUGGAAACAUACAUCUUUUUCAUGUGGACUUAGUGACCCUGUGGCCUUGCUGCUCUCUCUGUAUGAUGUUCUGCACUAUGCACUCAGCUAUGUUCACAUCUUGACAAGUUCUUCAUUAGACAUAUGUUUUCUACAUGACAAAGAGAUUCAUACUUUUUCAAGCAAAUACACUGUUUUAAAUAAAGCUGAAUUUUUAGCUCUAUUUGAGAACUUGGGUUAAUUGGGAGAAACAGGGUAUUACUAUGUGUAGAAUUACAUGGUUUAAAUUUUAGAACUCAUGUUGGCCAAUACAUUCAAGAAUGAAAUCAACCUUUUAGUAACAUGAUGUUUUAGAAGUAUGGAAAAAGGGGCUUGCAGGAAGGGUGAGACCAGUGUGUUAAAAUUUUUAUGUGAAAUACAGUGAAGUCUGAGGGGGAAAGUACCAGGGAGAGAAGAACUUGUUUUCUACCUGGUAUUUCUCUUGCACCUUAUAGUUAAUAUAUUCCCAACUCUCUGUGAAUUAAUUUAAGCCAUAUUCUAGAAAGAGUUUGUGGUUUUGUUUGCUUUGUCACUGGUUUCUCUGUUAUGAUUUUGUUGUUCUAUCCCUUAAAUAGUCAACACUAGAGUAGUCGAGACUGGUAGUGGCCUUGUAUGAUAAAGGUACAAGGUUUUAUAGGAAAGUAUGGGCAAAAACUUUUUAACAUUAUCAUUUUUGUCCUCUCUAAUUCAUCUCUUCUGGGUUUUAAUCCAUUUUGUAUCAGAGAAAUGAGGCAUUUUCCUCAAGUCAGUUAUUGGAAAAUGAUUAGUAUGCACUUAGUACCAUGCUCUCUCCUGUCUCUGCUUUAAGAUACAUGUCCUCAGUGUUUGAAUGCUCUUUAAGAAUUGAUUGUUUUAUUGGCUAUGGCAGUAUUUGUAACACGCCUGGAAUAUUGUCAACCUGUCAGAAUAUUUUGAAUAAAAAAAUUUUAUCAUG